CAAUACACGUUUUCCUUUUCUAAAAUUCUCUCUGUCCUAUUUAUACACUUGCACAGCACAUUUCCCAGUGCACCAUCCCUCACUUUGUCUGAGCGAGCACUUGUUUAUUUGAUCUGAAUCUGAUCAUACCCUAAACCACAUCAUUAACAAUCAUGGCUUCCUCAUGCUUCUCCUUGAGAACAGUAGCAUCUUCCUGUCUGAAACUCUCCAACCUAAGAAGAUCAUCAUUACUCUCAACCUCAUCUAUCACAACUUCAUCAAACCCAUUUCUCACUAGAAAUCUCAAGCUAAACACCACUUUUUCACCACACUCUCACUCAUCACUGUCCACCAGGUCUUUCACUUGUAGAAGCCAAGCUGAACAAUCUGACUCAGUCAAAGUUCAAGAACUGAGUGUCUAUGAGAUCAAUGAGCGAGAUCGUGGAAGCCCUGCUUACCUUCGGUUAAGUCAGAAAAGUGUCAACUCCCUUGGUGAUCUAGUCCCCUUCAGCAACAAGUUGUACUCUGGAUGCUUGCAAAAACGUGUGGGGAUAACAGCAGGGAUCUGUGUUUUGAUUGAAAACAAAGCAGAGAAGAAGGGGGAUAGGUAUGAAGCCAUAUACAGCUUCUACUUUGGGGACUAUGGUCACAUUUCUGUGCAGGGUCCUUACCUGACCUAUGAGGAAUCUUAUCUUGCUGUGACUGGUGGAUCUGGCAUCUUUGAAGGGGUGUAUGGUCAGGUCAAGCUGAAUCAAAUUGUGUUCCCUUUCAAGCUAUUCUACACAUUUUAUCUCAAGGGUAUCAAGGACUUGCCCCAGGAGCUUCUUGCCAAGCCUGUUGAGCCCAGCCCAGCUGUUGAGCCCAGCCCAGCUGCUAAGGCCUGUGAGCCCCAUGCUGUUGUUGCUGGUUUCACUGACUGAAAUCACUGAAUAAUGAAAAUGAGGGUUUUUUUGCCCCAUGGUUAUUGACUUA